CAUUAUUGACGGUGUUGGUAUCAUACAGACUCUCUCGGUCUUCACCUCUGACGAUUUCGGGCUUCAUAGGGAUUUAUAAGAACUUGUAUGCACCGUCUGAGAUCCUAGAUCCCUGUUUAUCGACUGGCUUGGCCGAGAUUCCCAUCAAUCCGCUCACUUCCCGCCUUUGGCAUCUCCAUUUCCAGCAAUUGACCGAGACCAUCGAUUUCUGGACCGAGGCUUUGAUAAAUCAUCACUUUUCCCUUGGUAAAAGCUGGAAAGAGAUAAAAAGAAUAAUAACUCUCUCACAUUUCGAAUCGAGACAGCUGAGCCUAGAGUCUGCAUUCUAUCCUCUCCAAGACAAUCACUCAGCGUCAUCAUCCUUGUUCGUUUGAACCACACUACGAUACACAAUGUCAACCGACUACAAGUUCCAAGGCUGGGUCGGCCUCGACAAAGACUCUGCAAACGGCCACAUGGUCUGGCGAGACUUCACCCCCAAGCCCUUCGAGGAAACCGAUGUUGACAUCAAGAUUACUCAUUGUGGUAUCUGUGGCUCUGACCUGCACACCCUCAGGAGCGGAUGGGCUCCGGCCAUGUACCCUGUCGUCGUUGGCCACGAGAUCGUUGGAACCGCGGUCCGCGUAGGGUCCAAGGCCGAAGGAGGGAUCAAAGUUGGCGAUCGAGUUGGCGUCGGAGCUCAGAGCUCGUCGUGUCUGAGGCCCGACUGUGAUGAAUGCUCCCACGGGUCCGAGAACUACUGCCAGAACGGUCAAACGGGCACGUACAACAGCAAGUAUCGCGACGGCAACAAGUCCUACGGAGGCUAUGCCAACUAUUGGAGAGGCCCGUCCCAUUUCGUCUUUCGAAUCCCCGAUGCUCUACCGAGUGAUGUUGCGGCGCCCAUGCUGUGCGGAGGUGUUACGGCUUUCUCACCACUCCUCCAUCACAAGGCUGGCCCCGGCAAAACGGUCGGCAUCAUCGGCGUCGGUGGACUCGGUCACUUUGGCAUAAUGGGAGCCAAAGUUCUGGGCGCCGACAAGGUCGUGGCCAUAUCGAGAACGUCGACAAAGAAAGCGGAUGCUCUGAAAAUGGGCGCUGACGACUUCAUUGCCACCGACGAGGAUAAAGGGUGGAAUCGCAAGCACAGGAAAAGCCUCGACAUCAUCGUGAGCACCGUCUCCAGUCCUAAGAUGCCUCUACAACAGUACCUCCAACUCCUGCGGGUCGACGGUGUGUUUGUGCAGAUAGGUGCUCCCGAGGACGCUCUGCCCCCGGUCAAUGGCUUUCAGCUGCUAGGAAAACGAUGCAGCAUUACAGGAAGCAGCAUUGGAAGUCCUAAAGAGAUUAGGUACAUGUUGGAUCUGUUUGCAGAGAAAGGGGUGCGGACCUGGAAUAACAAUGUCCCGAUGAAAGACGCGAAUCGAGCAAUUGUGGAUAUGGAGGCGGGCAAAGCGAGGUACAGAUACGUGCUCGUGAAUGAGCAACAUGCCUCUCGCCUAUAG